CUAUAUAUAUUUGGGCAUCUUGAACACAACUUGCAAGUUGAGUGAUCAGCUUCAUUAACAGGUUACAUACCGCAUAAGCUCAUAGCCCAAUCUUUUCUCUCUGGUGAUCUGCCGGAAUCCAUGGAUACAAAGGUCAUCUCCACUGGAAUCAGGUACACGAGCUUGCCUGAAAGUUAUGUCAGGCCGGAGUCAGAGAGGCCGAAACUGUCCGAAGUGGAAGACUGCCAAAACGUUCCGAUAAUUGACUUGGGUUGUGAAGAUAGAAGCUUAAUAGUCCACCAAAUAGGCCAGGCUUGUCGAUUCUAUGGAUUUUUCCAGGUGAUAAAUCAUGGAGUAUCAAUGGAAGUAGUGGAGAAAAUGCUACAAGUCUCGAAUGAGUUUUUCAAUUUAUCAGUGGAGGAGAAGAUGAAGCUCUACUCGGACGACCCGUCGAAGACGAUGAGACUAUCAACGAGUUUUAAUGUGAAGAAGGAAAAGGUUCACAAUUGGAGAGACUAUCUCAGACUCCAUUGUUAUCCUCUUGAUCAGUAUGUGCCUGAGUGGCCUUCCAAUCCCCCUUCCUUCAAGGAUAUUGUCAGCAAUUACUGCUCACAAGUUAGGGACCUAGGGUUCAGAUUACAAGAAGCAAUAGCAGAGAGCCUAGGGCUUGACAAAGAACACAUAAAGAAGGUAUUGGGAGAGCAAGGACAACACAUGGCAGUGAACUAUUACCCACCAUGCCCAGAACCAGAGUUGACAUAUGGAUUGCCAGGGCAUACAGACCCAAAUGCACUAACAAUACUACUGCAAGACCUUGAAGUUGCAGGGCUUCAAGUCCUCAAGGAUGGCAAGUGGAUGGCUGUCAAACCCUACCCUAAUGCUUUUGUGAUUAACCUUGGUGAUCAACUGCAGGCUCUGAGUAACGGCAGAUAUAGAAGUGUAUGGCACCGAGCCAUUGUCAAUGCCGAUAAACCAAGGAUGUCCAUAGCCUCUUUCCUCUGCCCGUGUGAUGAUGCCUUAAUUAGCCCCCCAAACGAGCUCACCGAUGAUGGAACUGAAGCGGUAUACAGGAAUUUCACAUACGCAGAGUAUUACAAGAAGUUUUGGAGCAGAAAUCUAGACGAAGAACAUUGUUUGGAACUGUUCAAGAACUAAUUAAUGGUCCAACUGUGUCCUUUUGCUUGAACCAACUCACAAACCAUUGACCAAUAAGGUGUUGUAGUGCAAAUUCACAGCAGUGGCUGCUAUGCAGCAAAAUGGGCCCAUUUCGGGGCCUAUUUUGAUAAUUCAAACCGUUCACAUUUUAGAAUAUAUCAAGUAGAAUAUACUUGUAAAAAAUCAAGUUAAUCGGAUAUCGUUUACUGAUUCAUCCACUCACAUUUGUAUUUAC